AAAGGUUGGAAAAAGUUCUACGAGACGGUACUACAACUUCUUUUACAGUCAACAUAAGUAUUAUUUGCAUAUAUUUCGACUGCUACGAAAUACUCGACUUGCGGUAGGCUCGACUUCAGGUCGACGUUGGUCUCGCGCAAGCAGUUUGCGCCUCCUCACCCGACUAGGUAGUUGUGCGGCUUGCAUCCAGACGACCUAUCGUUACGAUCGAGCACUUUAGCUAUGGCGGACUACCUUCUCCAUGAGGGUCCAAUGGGCUACUCGCUCUUCAAGGUCGCCCUCCAGGCCGAUACUGUGGGCAACCGGCUCAAGGAGGUCCAAGAUAGUGUGCAAGACCUUUCGCGGUUCGGCAAAAUGGUGGACCUUGUCAGCUUUCUGCCAUUCGAGAGCGGAAAGCAAGCCCUUGAAGAGCUUCACGAUAUUUCUGAAGGCAUUGCGUCGGACUACCUCAAAUCCUUCCUCGAACUGAACCUGCCUAAGGCUGGGAAGAAGAACAAAGUGACGUUGGGCGUUUCGGACAAGAUUUUGGCCAACAGUAUCAAGAGCGCAUUCCCAAACCUCGAGUGUGAGACUGGCGACACUAGUGAGGUCGUCCAGGACAUGCUCAGAGGAAUUAGGAUGCACUCUGAGAAACUGCUCAAGCAACUGCGCGAAGGCGACACUGGCACUGCUCAACUCGGUCUCGGUCACGCUUACUCCAGAGCCAAGGUCAAGUUCUCCGUGCAGAAGAACGACAAUCACAUCAUCCAAGCCAUUGCCAUCUUGGACCAACUUGACAAGGCCGUCAACACCUUCUCCAUGCGCGUUCGCGAGUGGUAUUCAUGGCAUUUCCCAGAGCUUGUCAAGAUCGUCUCGGAUAACCACAAAUACGCAAAAGUUGCCCUGUUUGUCAAGGACAAGAUGACGUUGUCGGAAGACAGCCUGCAUGAGCUUGCAGCCGUUGUUGAUGACGACGAGGACAUUGCGCGAAGCAUAAUCGACGCUGCAAAGACCAGUAUGGGACAGGAGAUCUCUGUCUCGGACAUGGAAAAUGUCACGCUGUUCGCAGCGCGAGUGGUCAGCCUUGCACAAUACCGGAAAACCCUCUACAGCUAUCUCGUCUCUAAGAUGGGCGUGGUUGCUCCCAAUCUGGCAGCCUUGAUCGGAGAAGUCGUCGGAGCACGACUCAUUUCUCAUGCUGGUAGUCUCACAAACUUGUCAAAAUACCCAGCUUCGACGGUCCAGAUACUUGGCGCCGAGAAGGCUCUCUUCCGUGCCUUGAAGACAAAAGGGAACACGCCCAAAUACGGCCUCCUGUAUCACUCAUCCUUCAUUGGUCGUGCAGGCCAGAAGAACAAGGGCAGAAUAUCUCGGUUCCUUGCCAACAAAUGCUCCAUUGCUUCCCGCAUUGACAAUUUCUCGGAGAGUCCUUCUACAGUCUUUGGCCAAGCAUUGAAGAAGCAGGUCGAAGAGCGCCUGGAGUUCUACUCGUCCGGGACGCAGCCCACGAAAAAUGAAGUUGCUAUGAAAGAUGCCAUGGACAAGGUCCUCGCAGACAUGGAUGUUGAUGAGCCCGCCAAGGCGGAUGAGGAGAUGUUCGAUGUAGAGCCGACACCUGUGCAAAGACAAGAAAAGAAAGACAAGGAGGGGAAAGAGAAGAAGAAAGACAAGAAGCGCAAGUCAGAAGGUGACGCUGUUCUGGAGAAGAAGAAGAAGCGGAAGUCGAUGGAUACCGACGGUGAGGUGGAAAGCAAGAAAAAGAAGAAGAGGAAGUCCGAGUAAUGGGCUCGACGUUGAUGAUGUGCAUGGCGUUGGCGGUUGCGAUUGGUGUCUUUACUACAACUGCAUCAAAUGAGGCAUUUGUCAAUUGUGAUGUAUGAACAUAAUUUCCUUCUAUCUCUUGCGUUCGUUCGC